AUGAAUAAUAAUAAUAAAUGGAGUAAAAGAAAUCGAGGUGGUGGCGGUGGUAGAUCUUACGGUGGCCACGGUGGAGGUAAAAGAAACAGAGGACCCAGAAAUAAUGGUCAAGAAGGCAGAGGUUUCCAAAAAUUUGUGGACACUGAUUAUCCUACUAAUGAACAACAAGACUAUUGGCCGCAACACGAUAGGAACCAUGAUAAUAAUAUAAAUAAUUGCUAUCAAGUUGGCGGAAAUGCAGCAGGUGCUGGCAUAUUUCCCUGGAUUAGAAAUAAACCUUUAAAUCCUUUAAUAAUACCACCGCAAAAUCAAUUACAGAAUGAACCAUUUCCUGAGCAAUUUCCUAAUAAUAACAAUAAUAAACUGAUUUUCGAAGAACCAGUAGAAAAUUCCAAAUUACCUGAGAGUAGUGAACAAAGGAACGCAGAAACACAGCAGCCAGAGGAGAAUUCGACUUUAAGUCAAAAAUCCAAUGAAGAGAACUCAGCUCCGAGAAGUAAAAAUAACUCUAUUUCCACCACAACAAAUGCCUCCUCUAGUGCAACUGUUGACAAUAAUUUUACUGUCAAAAUUAAGCAGGAGAAAGGGGGAUUGGGAAUACAACUAAAACAGGAAAGAAAAUCAUCAAGUUCUUCAUCGUCAUCAUCUAGUGAAUCUUCUUCAAGUGAAGAAGAACCAGAGCCUGCUAAAAAACCAGCUGCAAUUGCUAAGCCAGAGGUAACAACUUCAACCCCAAAACCACCUUCUUCACCACUUAAUAUUAAACUAAAACCGAAAGCCAAUACUGUAAAAACAGCACCACCACCACAAUCUUCAUCGUCUUCCUCAUCGUCAUCAUCAUCGUCCUCAUCUUCGGAUGAAGAUGAACCUGUAGCACCGCCACCACCACCACCACCAACUAAACCGCCAUCAGCACAGAAAGAAAAAAAGACAAAGUCAGAAGAGGUUGUAAAGAAUACAACUAAAACUAAAUCUUCAAAAAAGAACAAUAACUCAGAAGAUGAUGUUGUUUGCAUGGGUAAAUUGGAAAAUAAAAUUGUACUCGAGGAUGACAGUGACGACGAAGAGGCUGAAGAUGAUAAUGGUGGUGAUGAUGAGGAUGAUGCGAAAUCAACAAUUUCAAAUAAAAAAUCUAAGAAACCGGACAAAAAAUUGUCAGAAAAGUGCAUGAUUUGCGGUAAAAAA